CGCAGGUUGAUUGGAAUCACAGUCUCAUCGCAUAAAGACCACUUCAACCUCACUAUCGCAUUACUCUUUGCCCUUAAACAUCCUAACUUCAUCCUCAAGAAGUCAUGGGGGGCAAGACUGGAACCAAGGCUGUGUACUUCGACAAGCUGAAGGGCUUGCUCGACGAGUACAAGUCCAUCUUCAUCGUCAGCGUUGACAAUGUCUCCUCGCAACAGAUGCACGAAAUCCGCCAGUCCCUCCGAGGCGAAGCAGUGGUUCUGAUGGGCAAGAACACCAUGGUCCGACGUGCGCUCAAGGGAUUCAUCAAUGAGAACCCGGAGUACGAACGUCUCCUGCCUCACGUUAAAGGGAACGUUGGCUUCAUCUUCACCAACGGCGACCUCAAGGCCACCCGUGACAAGAUCCUUGCGAACCGAGUUGCGGCGCCUGCCCGUGCUGGCGCUGUCGCUCCUGGCGAUGUCUACGUCCCUGCCGGAAACACUGGUAUGGAACCUGGCAAGACAUCCUUCUUCCAGGCUCUCGGUGUCCCCACAAAGAUUGCUCGUGGUACCAUUGAAAUCACCACUGAUCUCAAGUUGGUCGAGGCUGGCGCAAAAGUCGGUGCCUCAGAAGCUACGCUGCUCAACAUGUUGAACAUCUCGCCUUUCACGUACGGCAUGAAGGUACAACAAGUUUAUGAGGAGGGUCAGUCUUUCUCCCCGGAUGUCUUGGAUGUCGAGGAGAGUCAAUUGCUCAAGGCAUUGUCGUCUGCAAUUGCAACCAUCACCACCAUCUCCCUUGCCACCAACUACCCUACCCUGCCAUCCGUCAUCCAUAGCUUGAUCAAUGGCUACAAGAAGGUCAUUUCAGUUGCGCUUGAGAUUGACUAUAGCUGGGAGGCGAUCGAUGAGCUCAAGGAUCGCAUUGCCAACCCUGACAAGUAUGCCUCCGCUGCGCCAGCAGCUGCCGCCGCUUCGACGGAAGCUGCCGCACCAGCUGCGGCCAAGGAGGAAGAAAAAGAAGAGGAGAAGGAAGAAAGUGAUGACGAAGGCUUCGGUGGACUGUUCGACUAAAUACCUUGAACAUCGCGCGUUGUCGGGAGAUGCAAUAGGGAAUGUCAUGCCAAAUACAGCUAGUCCAAUAGACAUGCGACAUAGGAGCAAAGACAUGAAUUGCACACCACCACAAUUGAUUUUGAUGGCUUCUGACGUGACACGCUGUAGUACGAUCUUACAGCUCAUAUACCUUGUAGUUGAUCUCACGAGUGUUCUUCCAGCUCCCUUUCCCCGACGGGUGGCCCUCCGCAUAGCGUGCACUGCGAUACCGUGUGACAACGACUUGUCCCCUGUACUUCUGCAGGGCCCUUUCCGACAGUGUCGGCCUUGUCGAGGAGGGCUGAUCUAUCUCAAUAGGAUUCGUAACGGCGAUAUUAUCGGUCUAUCAGAUCUAGCAGAUAGUCCCGUAGUGGGCACGCGAGUAUGGAGGCACAUGAAACAUACGUUGGAGACAGAAGUCCAUCUCUAG